AUGGCAUGGCCCGGGCAGCGUCUCACCUGGCUCCUCUGGGGCUACCUCCUGGAGCUCUGGACCGGAGCUCAGGCCGCGGACACCGCGCAGCCCCGCUUGCGCCUCACACAUAAAGAGCUCUUGGAAUUGAACAGAACAUCCAUCUUCCACAGCCCUUUUGGAUUUCUUGAUCUCCAUACAAUGCUGCUGGACGAAUAUCAAGAGAGACUCUUUGUGGGAGGCAAGAAUCUUGUGUAUUCCCUCAGCUUGGAGCAAAUCAGCAAUGGCUAUAGAGAGAUACACUGGCCCAGUACAGCACUAAAAACAGAAGAAUGCAUAAUGAAAGGAAAAGAUGCAAGUGAAUGUGCAAAUUAUGUUCGGGUUUUGCAUCACUAUAACAGGACACACCUCCUGGCCUGUGGCACUGGAGCUUUCGACCCCCUUUGUGCCUUCAUCAGAGUUGGGUACCAUAUGGAGGAUCCACAGUUUCACCUGGAGUCACACAGGUCUGAGAGAGGAAGGGGCAGGUGUCCUUUUGAUCCCAACUCCUCCUUCAUCUCCACUCUAAUUGGCAGUGAGCUGUUUGCUGGCCUCUACAGCGACUACUGGGGCCGAGACGCUGCCAUCUUCCGGAGCAUGGGGCGGCUGGCCCACAUCCGCACGGAGCAUGAUGAUGAGCGCCUGUUGAAAGAACCCAAAUUUGUAGGUUCAUAUAUGAUUCCUGACAAUGAAGAUCGAGAUGACAACAAAGUGUAUUUCUUUUUUACUGAGAAGGCCCUGGAGGCGGAAAACAACGCCCAUGCCAUCUACACCCGAGUGGGGCGGCUGUGCAUGAAUGAUGUGGGAGGCCAGAGGAUACUGGUGAAUAAGUGGAGCACUUUCCUAAAAGCGAGACUGGUUUGCUCAGUACCAGGACUGAAUGGAAUUGAUACAUAUUUUGAUGAACUAGAGGACGUUUUUCUGCUGCAUACCAGAGAUCAUAAGAACCCACUGAUAUUUGGACUCUUCAACACUACCAGUAAUAUAUUUCGAGGACAUGCUAUAUGUGUCUAUCAUAUGUCUAGCAUCCGGGCAGCUUUUAACGGACCAUAUGCACAUAAGGAAGGACCUGAAUACCACUGGUCACUCUAUGAAGGGAAAGUUCCUUAUCCAAGGCCUGGCUCUUGUGCCAGCAAAGUGAAUGGAGGGAGGUACGGAACCACGAAAGACUAUCCUGAUGAUGCUAUCCGAUUUGCAAGAAGCCAUCCACUUAUGUACCAGCCCAUAAAACCUGCCCAUAAAAAGCCAAUACUGGUGAAAACAGACGGAAAAUAUAACCUGAAACAAAUAGCAGUGGAUCAAGUAGAAGCGGAGGAUGGCCAAUAUGAUGUCUUGUUUAUUGGGACAGAUAAUGGAAUUGUGCUGAAAGUAAUCACAAUUUACAACCAGGAAACAGAAUCAAUGGAAGAAGUAAUUCUAGAAGAACUUCAGAUAUUCAAGGAUCCAGUUCCUAUUAUUUCUAUGGAAAUUUCUUCAAAGAGACAACAGCUGUAUAUUGGAUCUGCUUCUGCUGUGGCCCAAGUCAGAUUCCAUCAGUGUGACCUGUAUGGCAGUGCUUGUGCUGACUGCUGCCUGGCGCGAGACCCUUACUGUGCCUGGGAUGGCAUAUCCUGUUCCCGGUAUUACCCAACGGGCACACACGCAAAAAGGCGGUUCCGCAGACAAGACGUUCGGCACGGAAACGCAGCGCAGCAGUGCUUUGGACAGCAGUUUGUCGGGGAUGCUUUGGAUAAGACUGAAGAGCGACUGGCAUACGCCAUCGAGAACAACAGUACAUUGCUGGAAUGCACUCCACGGUCUUUGCAAGCAAAAGUGAUCUGGUUUGUACAGAAAGGACGUGACACAAGGAAAGAAGAGGUGAAGACUGAUGAUAGAGUGGUUAAGAUGGACCUUGGUUUACUCUUCCUAAGGGUACGCAGAAUGGAUGCUGGUACAUAUUUUUGCCAGACAGUAGAGCAUGGUUUUGUCCAUACUGUCCGUAAAAUCACCCUGGAGGUAGUAGAAGAGGAGCGAGUGGAGGAAAUGUUUAACAAAGACUACGAAGAGGACAGGCCUCACAAGAUGCCUUGUCCCGCUCACAGUAGUAUCCCGCACGGAGGAAAGCCAUGGUAUAAGGAAUUCUUGCAGCUGAUUGGCUAUAGCAACUUCCAGAGAGUGGAAGAAUAUUGUGAAAAGGUAUGGUGCACAGACAAGAAGAGGAAAAAGCAUAAAAUGUCACCUUCCAAGUGGAAGUAUGCCAACCCACAGGAAAAGAAGCUCCGUCCCAAAGCAAAGCACUAUCGCCUGCCCAGGCACACGCUGGACUCCCGAUGA